AUGGACGACUCGAAAAGAGAGGAACUGACUAAAAAGUCCAACAUACUGCGUGGGGAAUUGAAAAUAUGGGAGAAGGCUUUCUCUGCUGCCAAUGAGGGCAAGAAAGCAUCUCGGGAGGACAUCAAGAACAACCCUGAAAUUGCUGGCAAAUACAAGGAAUACAACAAGAUUCGAGACACUCUUUCCGGAAAGAUACCACUACCGCCAACAGCACCUGCGCGCCAGACACCUCGGAAACGCAGACACGAAGAAGCUGGACAUGGAAUCUCGAAACGACAGCAGAUUUCCCGUACGCCUUCGAAAGGCCCGUUGCGUCCGUGGGAGGUAGAUCCAUACGACUCUCCAUCGGUGGUCCGCAAUUUGUUCACGCCCUCGAGGAAAGCACUGGGACCGACGCCACAGAAGGAUGGGAUGGUGCUGGGAUUGUUCGAUUUGUUGCAAGAAGAUGUGUCUGCGCUCACGCCAUCACGAAAGAAGAUCGAGAAAAAGGAGGCAAAGUUCUCCAUGAAUGCCACACCACGAAAGCCAGCGACAGAGACUUCACUCACAGGCAGCAAAACCCCCGGGUCCUCGAAACGCCCCUUACUAGAUGCCUUCGCCACGCCUGCGAAGAACAGAACUAUACUAGGACAAGCAGGGACCCCUUCCUCAGUAUCAAAACUGAAUUUCAAUACCCCGUCAUUUCUUAGACGAGACAGUCAUCGGAUCCCGUUGCCAUCCGUAAACGAGGACGAGGACGGCCCAGUCCUCUCCCCCCAAAUGGUGCGCGUACCGCGUAAACCGCUCGUCAGAGGUCUAAGCAGUAUGCUCGCUGGAUUACGGAAAAUGGAAGACGAAGCCGCAGAUGACGAUUUAGAAGCACUGCGAGAGAUGGAGAUGGAGGAGGUGGGAGGAGGCGCAAGACCUGCACCAGCAGCAAAAGCCAUUACCAACCCAAAUCCAAAGACCGUAAUUCCGGCAGCCACGAAGGAUAAUAUACUGGUACCGGACAAGCCGACGAAUCUAGUAGGAGCAUUUGACGACGAAGCGCAGUUUGACAGCGAGGGCGAGGAGCCGGCUUUAGGGAGGGACGGGCAGCCGCUGAAGGUGUACAAGAAGAAAGGGCAGAAGCGGACCACAAGACGGGUGAAGAUGAAACCCAGCCGCUCCAAACCCCAGCCUAGACCCCAGGAAUCCAAAACUCCCGCCGACGACGACGACGAAGACGGCGCCGACGACGUUGCCGCUCCAGGCAUAGACGCUGUCCCCGAGACCCAGCAGGACGAGCCGGCGCCCUUCGAAGAUGCGCGGAACUUUGAUAGCGAUUCGCAGUCGGAGUAUACGGCUUCCGAGGGGGGCACGAGGUACAGGCGGCCGGAUCAGAGCAAGAAGCGCAAGGGGGUAACGAAGGAUGGGAAGAUCAGGAAAGUGGCGAGGAAGGUCGGGGUGGUGGCGCAUCAGAAUUUCAAGAGGCUGAAGCUGAGGAACUCGGGAGCGAAGGGAGGACCGGCACACAAUAGUAGGUUUAGGAGGAAGAAGUAA